CAAGUAGACUUUCGCAAAUGCAAAACACGAGAAGGAUGAGAUACAAUCUCAACUUCAAUUGCGGAUUGAUGGCGAAACUGAGUGGAAGGCUAAGCACGCAAGUCUCGAGGAGCAACACUCAUCCCUCCAAGAGCAUCUCCACUCUGCCAACCAGGAUCGUGAUGCGUUGCUUGAAGAGCGCGCGUCACUCCAGUCUCAGGUCAACUUCAACCAGGGCGCGAUUAAGCAGCUUCAGCAAAAGCUUGGUGAGGUCGCGUCAGAGUUAUCAUCGAGCGACCGUGCUCUACAGAAUGCUCAUAGCGACCUAAGGGCUGCCAAUAGGCGAGCUGAAGAAGCAGAGAGGACGCAGAAAGAUCUUCAGACAGAGGGAACGAGGUUGAUGCAGUCUCUGGAUGAGAUGCGGCCCAAGUUUGUGGAGCUUACCUCCGCCAAAAUGGAUUUGAUGGAACGAAUUGACAAGCUUGAGCAUGAAAAGAAUUCACGAGAUACUUUCAUCUCGAAGCUCGAACUUGCGCUUAGCGAGGCGGUGGACCGGGAGGCCGAGGCAGCUCAAGUUCAGAAAGAGGCGAACUCGUCGCAGGAGAAGGACACAGUCUCGCUGCAACAAUCGAUCAUUGAACUACAGCAGGGCUAUGCCGAGCUGCAGGCUGAACUAGAGUCAUCGCAGGCGGCAGUGCUGAGCUUGGAGGGGGACCGUACACAGCUGCGGCAAAUUGAGGGGCGUCAGCUAGAAAUCAUUGACCGCCUCUCCGUAGAAUCUAACCAGCAUUCACAAGCAAUGUCCCUUUUGGAGUCGGACCUUCGGUCAUACAGGAAACUUGCCGAGGAACACCGCGCCUUCAUUGAACGAUCUAACUACGAGCAUGAAGCUCUGCGGGCAGAGUUGAGCGCUAAAGAUGAUGAGAUAGAGCAGCUUCAAACCUCUUCAUCAGACGAGGCUGCUCCUCGUUCACUGGACGACGAAAUGCUCGGUGCACGCGGAGUCCAACAUGCCUUGGAUCUCUCCAACGCCCAUUCCCAGAUUCGUGCUUUGGAGACCACUGUCUUCGAAGCUCAGGCAAAGUCGCAUAACCUGCAGAAGCAAAUCAGCAUCUUAGAAGACCAGCUCGCACAACAGCGCUCCACGUCAAGAGCAACCUCGAGACCGUUUUCUCCUGGAGUGCCGGGCAGACCCUCCAGUCGCACCCUUAAUCACACGGAUUUACGACGUGGGUCUUUCACUCAUAAAUCAAGUAAUCUUGCCCCGCCAUCCCCGCGGACUGUUUUCGACGUUGGACUCUCACCCGAAACUCGUCACAAGCGUCAAGUUAGCCUUGGCAUGUUAAAAGCCCGUAUUGAUAGCGAGUUGGCUGCAUCAGCUGGUGGCUAUCCUUCCUCGCGACAGCUUUCUCCUGUUCCACAAGGCGAUGAAAUGUCAGGACGGGAGCCUGACAUUGCUUCGCAUGGAGAGUACAUACACCGACGACCACAGUUCAUGGACGAGUCUCACAUAUUCUGGUGUCAUUCGUGUCAUGGAGAUUUAGUUAUCCUAUGAUAUCCCCUGUUAUUCGUUGCAUUUUACAUAUCUGGAUCACAAGUUUGACUUCUGAGUGCGUGUG